AUGCUGCGGCCUCUCUGCGUGUGUGUGCUGUUGCUCGGGCUCCCGCUGGUUCGGGUCUCUCUCGAGCUACGCGACAUCAGGGAAGCCAGGAAGCUGUGCGGCAGGCACCUCCUGCAAGAAAUAGUAAAACUCUGUGGCGAUGCUAACUGGAGCCACUUCGAGGAGGAAACCCCCCCACCGCUGCUCUCCCAGGCCACCGUGGGGGUGGAAACCUUCAUCCCCGACCGCUUGGAAAGCACCCAAACCACUUUCCCGGUCUGGGGGAGAGGCGCAAACCCAGUCUCUACUUCUGCCUCUCAGGAAGAAGCAAUAAACAGUUUGGAGAUGCAGUCAUUGCCUGAGCAUCAGUAUAAAAAGGCCAACUUGCCACCUGAUAAGACAAGAAGAUUUUCCUCUUCAAAAGAUAUCAAUUCAUAUAUUCACGAGAUUGUAGAAUUUCAGAAGAAAAACACAAACAAAAUUAGAAUCUUAAGCAAUUUGUUUUGGGGGAAUCAUCCCCAAAGAAAACGCAGAGGAUACUCAGAAAAGUGUUGUCUUAAAGGAUGUACAAAAGAAGAACUUCGCAUUGCAUGCCUUCCGUAUAUUGUUUAUAAAAACUAAAGCAAAAAGGAUCAUCAGUUGUGACUGAGAUAGACUAACCAUCAUAGGAAUUAUACUAACUUAAUAAAAACUUAACAUAUUUACUUUUAACUUAUUUUUUUGGUAAUUGUCCUUGUAGGGUUCUCUGCCGUAAACAUCUGAAUGUACUUGUAAGCACUUGACAAUACUUUUUGGUGGUAAUAGGAAUCUUAUAUUUCCUUUCGUGACCCCUAUUUUUCAUAUAUUUUUAUAUUUGAAGAAGAUGUUACUGGCAUGAUCCGUGUAUACAUCUAAGAAUUACCUGUUCAUUCUUGUUGUGGUGGUGGAAAUUCUCUUAAGCUGCCUAUAGAUGGAUUAUGGAAUGUUCUGCAUUCCAUCUAUAUGACAUACAGACUGAUGCCCAUGACUAUUAGGCUCACUCCAGUAUGCCAAUACAUCUGUCCCACCAACUUAAAAAUAACUAACCAACUGCCACUCCUAGUAGGAGUUGUUAUACUAUAAUAGUAGGUACACUUUAAAUUGCUUGAGUUUUAUUAUAGUAACUGAUCAGAAAUCUUUUCACAGUUUCUCCUGAGGACUUAGAAUUCAAUGAAUGUCUUUAGGUUGUAAAAUCUCUCCAAGAUAUUCUAUCUUUGCUUUGAAGGUACUGAUAUAAUGUGACACACUAUUCUGGCUUAGUUAGAAUAUAGUGCUGACGGAGCUAGCAGCAUUAGCAUCACCUCAAAACUUGUUAGAAAUGCAAUUCUAAGGUCCCACCCCAGACCUCUUGAAUCAGAAACUCUGGCUAUGGGGCCCAGCAGUCUGCUUUUUUACAGACCCGCCAGGUCAUUCUGAAGUAAGUUAAAGGUCGAGAACCGCUGGUAAUAAAGUCACUAUAUGAACAUUUUUGAAACCCUGCUGUUUAUGUGCUUGCAUUUCUCAACUCAAUAUAGAUGUUACAACACUAAGUUUUUGGUGUAUUUUGGGUGUAUUGGACACUUUGGACACAAGGUGAAAAAUAUGUGAAA